ACUGCGUCACACCGUACGACGAUGCUCAAUCAGCUACAGCUAAAAAUUCAGUUUUUUCGUUUAAAUUUCAAUAAAUUUGUUGAGUUUUCUGUGCAUAAAUUCUGUUGAAAAAAUUUGGUGCAUUCAAAUAGCAAAAUGAAGAAUAUUGUGUGUGCGACGUAAAAAGUGUGAAUUAAAAGAAAAGGAAUACAAAAAAAAAACCAAACCAUAUAUACAACCAAUAGUGUCUAUGCAGGAGAGAGUGUAUAGAAAAUAGACAGAGAGAAUAAGAAGAAGUAGCAACAACAAAACGCAGAAUAUAGGCUGUUGGCUAUUGAAUAGCAUUGACAGUUUAAAUUAACCUGUGUAAUUCAUUUUACUUCGUUGUUCGUUGCGUCGAUAAGAAAUGUGCUUAUUUCUUGAAUAGAUUACGGUUAAUCUAUUUAUUGAUUAUUUUUAUGAAUCAAACGAUACCGAAUUUAAUUUAAUUGAAAAAUUCAGCAAAGUACGCAGAAUAUUUUUUUUUGUUUGUUUGAACAAACAAAACGGCAGAAACGGUGAAUAUAAACUAAAUUAAACGGUGUCCAACGAAAUGUAUAGCCCAGACUACGAAAAACGUGUAUUGAAAUAUUGUAGUCCGGUCGCUCGAAAUUUAUUCAGUAGACGAGAGUGCGAAGAAAGUGCAUCAUUUGAUCGAUAUAUACCGUGCAGAUCAAACAAUAAUUGGCAAACAAAUUAUGCAUCGAUAACAAAAUCAAAUGAAAAUUCAUUGCAAGCAACAAAAAAGCAACGUGAUUGCGGUGAAUCAGCCCGUGAUAGUGUGGCUUAUUCAUGUUUAUUGAAAAAUGAAUUGCUCGGCAAUGGUAUCGAAGACGUAAAAACUGUGGCCGAAGAUCGCAACGAAAAUGUGUCUUGCAGUGCAAAACGUGGACUCUUCAAAUAUCAAUCGCCAACAAAACAGGAUUAUAACGAGCAAUGCCCUUACUCACUGUCACCGGUCAGUGCGAAAAGCCAAAAAUUACUGCGAUCUCCACGAAAAGCCACACGAAAAAUAUCACGAAUACCAUUUAAAGUGUUAGACGCACCCGAACUACAAGAUGAUUUCUAUUUGAAUUUGGUUGAUUGGUCUGCACAAAAUGUACUUGCCGUCGGAUUAGGUAGCUGUGUUUAUUUAUGGAGUGCUUGUACAAGUCAAGUGACUCGACUAUGUGAUUUGAGCUCAGAUGGGAAUUCAGUGACGUCGGUGUCGUGGAAUGAACGAGGCAAUCAAGUUGCAGUGGGUACCCAUCAUGGUUAUGUCGGAGUUUGGGACGUUUCUGCGAAUAAAAUGAUAAACAAGUUGAAUGGCCAUUCGGCACGUGUAGGAGCCUUAGCAUAUAAUGGUGAUAUUUUGUCGAGCGGGUCUCGUGAUCGAUUGAUCAUGCAACGAGAUACAAGAACGCCUGCCUUGGUAUCCGAACGACGGUUAACUGGCCAUCGUCAAGAGGUGUGCGGUUUAAAAUGGUCACCCGACCAUCAAUAUCUUGCAUCUGGUGGCAACGAUAAUCGUUUAUACGUAUGGAAUUUACAUUCGCUGAAUCCAGUUCAAUCAUAUUCGGAGCAUAUGGCUGCCGUGAAAGCGAUAGCAUGGUCACCGCAUCAUCAUGGGUUAUUGGCUAGCGGGGGUGGUACAGCUGAUCGAUGUAUCAGAUUUUGGAAUACGCUAACAGCCCAACCAUUACAAAGUGUGGAUACGGGAUCACAAGUGUGUAAUUUGGCGUGGUCGAAGCAUUCAUCGGAACUGGUGUCGACGCACGGUUAUUCACAAAACCAAAUUCUCGUAUGGAAGUAUCCAUCGUUGACACAAGUUGCCAAACUCACCGGACAUUCGUAUCGUGUUCUGUAUUUGGCAUUGAGUCCAGAUGGUGAAGCAAUCGUUACCGGUGCCGGCGAUGAGACGCUACGAUUUUGGAAUGUGUUCAGUAAAGCGCGUAGUCAAAAAGAAAACAAAAGUGUUUUGAAUUUAUUUUCAAAUAUUCGAUAGAAAUGACCAUGCGAAUUUCAUUUUCAAAAUUUCAACAAAAAUCUAUACAAUUUUCAUGUGUAUAAGCUUUAAAAUUAUAUUUAUAGAAUCGAUCACGUUUGUCAAACUCUCUCGAAAUGAGGGAAUACUAAUGUCAAACGCGAAUAUAUGAAACACGUUUCGGAACUGAAUAUCGAACAUUUUAUACAUUAGUUUUACGAUAAACUGGAGCAACUAGUCGUUUAUUAAAUUUUCUUCUCAUACUGCUUUGCUGAAUUCAACCGCAUAAUAUUGUUGUGCUAUUUAACCAACACAAUUGAACUAACACCAUUCCAUUUUGAGUCUUAACAACAAUGCAUUUUUAUUUAAAACGUCAACAAUAUCAUUUCAUCAUCAAAUACACGAUUCUUUUUUUCAUUGUUUUAUGCGCCAACCUAUUGUAGUAUAAAGCAAAUUUUUCGUGCGAUUUUUUUUUUUGUUCAUUUCACGAGUUAGAUCUCAAUCAACUAUAUUUUCCACCUUGUUCACAUGCAUUCAUUUUCAUAUCUUUUGAUUGGAUCUGAACGACGUUGAAAAUACAUAAAAUAUUUCAUUUUAUUCUCAAAACAAAAACUUAUCUAUAACUCAUGAAAUAAAUUCAGUCGCUCUAAAUGAGACGAAAUGCAUCUCAAAUGAAAUCGAUUGAUAAAAUGGCUUUGAAUUGGUUACUCCAAUCCAUUUGAUUUGAGAUCAAUACAGAACGAGACAAUAUAUAUAGAAUGAUAAGAUUUUUUCAAUUGUAAAUGAUAGAUAUUGUGCAAUUUUCGUGCUUUUUGUCACAUUCGAGAAGGUAAAUAAUUUCACUGAAAUUUAUAAAUACGAAUAUGAAAGAAAUUAAAAAAAGUUAUAUCCAUCUAACCUUAGGAUUUAUGUUUUCUGGAGUGUACAAAUGCUAAUUUCUCUUUUUCGGAAAAUCUUUAACAUUAAAACUAGUAAUUCGUUGAAUACGAACGAAAAGAUAUCGAGCACAAAUUACAACAUGAGUAUGUAACUUUUCUUCGUUCAUUAGGCGCGACGACAGUUGAACGUUAAGUCUUAAUUACGAAUCGAUUUGAAAGUAAAUCAACGAUUACAACUCAAUGGCUUUUUGAUCGCAUUCUCUUAACCAAAGUUUCCCACAAAUUAGUUCGCUACCAUAAUUACCAUUAGAUGCGAUAAAAUCUCUCCAAAUAAAAUUCAAAUGAUUUCCACCUUUGAAAUGACAGUAUUUAGAGAGACUUUAUUGCAUCAAAACCUGUGUCGGCGACAGAUUCGAAUAGAUAAAUUAACUAAAUUAAUGUCUAUUUAUGUUUUUUGCCAGGAAUUUUAGUACUAACCGAUUUCUUUUUUCUUCCUUCUCCUGCUUGAAAAUAUUUAACAUUUAAUUAAAUAAUUUUUUAUCUAUGUUGAUCAUGAAAAUUCAGAUCAAGUAGCUAGUAAUGUGGACAUUGUGAAACAGUUAACGAAUAAAAAUGAUAAAUAGGAUAUAAGAUUA